GCCUUCGAGGGGAGGACCCGAGAGAGCAGGAACUUCGCGGAGCGCCUCUUGUCUUUUUUCAUGUUGGCGGCAGAACCAUUAUGCUCUCGCUCCCAUCAUGAGCCGCUGGUCUACUUCCCAAGGAGUCGUCCUAACAGCGUAUCAUCCCAGCAGCAGUAGCCGCCGACGCCGCGGCGACGAGGACGGCCAAGAGGCGCCGGGAGCCGAUGCCGAGGAAAAUGCCGAGGCGUCCCCCUUAAGCCGGAGGUCUGGCCAAUAUACAAUGAAUCAUGAUAACUCUAAGAAGCCUUCAGGGAAGCUCCCUUGCGAGCAUUCAGGAUCUCAAGAUUCACUUGAUGAAUUAUCCAUGGAUGACUACUGGAAAGAACUUGAAAAUAUCCAUGAAACAAGAAGUGGCAAUCAUGAAGAACGUGACCUGGUUGUGGUGAAAGAACCUGAUGAGGGUGAAUUAGAAGAAGAGUGGUUAAAAGAAGCAGGUCUGUCCACCCUCUUUGGUGAAGCUGCUGGAGAUUCCCAUGAAAGCAUGGUGGUUUUGGCUACCUUGACAAGAACUCAGGCUAUAGCAGUGCAGAAGCGAGUCGAUACUGUCACCCAGACAAUGAGGAAGAAAAACAAACAGUACCAUGUUCCUGAUGUGAGAGAGAUCUUCAAGCAACAAAAUGAAUCAAUGGUAAAAGAAUCCAACAUUGAUCACCAGCCUGUAAGAGCAGAAAGGAAAAAAGAAAGUUCACAAGAAGAUGCCAAAGAAGCAUAUGGUCAACAUAUUGAUAAUUGUCCAAGAGAAGAUUUGCAACCAGCUGAAACAGACAUUAAUUUGGAAAUAUCAUUUUCUGAACAAGCAGUUAAUCUCAAAAAUAACUCUGUAAGUGAUGUGUUAAAAGGCAAAGAAGAUGACACUCUGCUUCCUAACUUCAGAUUUCCGAAGGACAAAACGGGUACAACAAAAAUAGGAGAUCUUGCACCUCAGGAUAUGAAGAAAAUCCAUGCUUUGGCCCUGAUUGAACUGACUGCUCUUUUUGACAUACUUGGAAUUGAACUGAAGCCACAGAAGGCAGCAAAAAGUAAAGUGAAAGAAUCUGGUCUUUUUGGUGUUCCACUCUUGGUUUUGCUAGAACAUGAUCAAAAGAGAAUUCCAGGUAUCCGGACACCACUUAUCUUUCAAAAACUCAUUUCUCAGAUAGAAGGGGGAAAGCUGGAAACAGAGGGAUUGCUUCGAAUACCAGGAGUUGCUGCUAGAGUAAAGAUCCUUUGCCAAGAGCUAGAAUCAAAGUUUUACGAAGGGACUUUCAAUUGGGAUAGUGUCAAGCAACAUGAUGCAGCCAGCCUUCUAAAAUUUUUCAUCCGAGAAUUGCCACAACCCUUGUUUACUGUAGAGUAUCUUAAGGCUUUCCAGGAUGUGCAGAAGCUUCCAACCAAGAAACAUCAGCUGCAAGCACUGAAUCUUUUGGUUCUUCUUCUUCCAGAGGGAAACAGAGAUACACUCAAGGUGCUGCUUGAAUUUCUUCAAAGAGUGAUCGAUCAUCGAGAUAAAAACAAGAUGAACCUAAAGAAUGUUGCCAUGGUUAUGGCUCCAAACCUCUUCAUGUUUCAUGGUUUGGGUGCCAAGCCCACAGAACAAAGCGAGUUUGUUAUGGCGGCUGGGACAGCAAAUGUCAUGCGCUUUAUGAUUAAAUACCAGAAUCUUCUUUGGACUAUUCCUACGUUUCUUGUGAACCAAGUAAGAAAGCAGAAUGCUGAAAGUCAGAAAAAGGAACGAAAGGACAAAGCAAUGAGAAAACUUCUGAAAAAAAUGGCAUAUGACCGAGAAAAACAUGAGAAGCAAGAUAAAAGUAACAGCGAUCAAAAGAGUGGCAAUGAUGCCGAUAUUCCAGAGGGAGUAAUACGGGUUCAAGCACCUCAUCUUUCCAAAGUUUCCAUGGCAAUUCAGCUGACAGGAGAGCUAAAAGCUGGCGAUAUCGUUGCCAGGUUCCUCAGCCAGAAAAGUGGAGCUGUACAAGGUUUGAAGAAAGAAGAGCUGUUUUUACAUGAAGUUGGAGGAAACAUUGGUGAACGAUGCCUAGAUGACGACACUUUCAUGAAGGACUUAUAUCAGCUGAACCCAAAUGCCGAAUGGAUUAUAAAAUCAAAAAAUGGCUGAAGUUCUGAAUCUGUAAAGAGACUUUCUGCAACACUGUGAUAUUCAGAUGCAGCAAAAUAAAAAGACGUUGAAUUCAUUUGAGACUUAGAUGAGUUACCCUGCUGAGGAGUAUCGUGCUACAGAGUCCGCCUUCUGCUUCUCUCAAGUAAAGGACAGCUACUGCAGCAAAAUUAACAGGACAGGAAGCUUUCCAAUCUCACUGAUUUUGUUGGAAGGGACCAACUCUGCAGUUCUUGUUAUAAACACCACUGUGCCUUUGGUAUGGUCCACUGGAUUAUUAUUUUCUUCAGGUUGCUCUUGUUAGAGCCAGCACCAGUUUUCUUAAUAAAGACGUGUAUUUAAAAAUAUGUAUAAGGAAAGUAUUUCUUCAUUGGUUCAGAACAUCUUCAACUGUACUUUACUGUCACAGGGGAUGGUGGUGUGGUGUAAUAUGCACCAUUAACAUUAAACUGGCAUUUGUUUGUUUAUACUAGCUCGGUAACCUGAAACAAUGUUCCCUUGUUAUCUCCAGGAAUAUAUUUAUUGAACAUAAUGUGAAUGAUUUGAUAUAGCUUUCUUUACUGGGUGGUACUUCCCAAGAUCAGUAAUAAAAAUGGCAGGAAAAUGAAGAAUUGCAUGAAAUCGUGUCUCUUCUUUUUUCUGUACAUCAAAGGUAAUCCUAAGGAGUUAUCUACCAUCUUUUAAUCCUAAUGAGUUUCAUUUGAUGUUUGUUUAAUAAGCAUAAGACAAAAUAAGAUGCAAUAUGCAGUCAAAGAUCAGGUAUUCACACUUUGCAAUUUAGACCUGUCAAUGAAUACUCAGAAUAUUUAAAUGCUCCUAGUGCGCUGUCUAUUCAUUUCACUCUUGAUCUAAUUUGUAUCUAAGAAUUCUGGGAUUUGUAUAGGUAGUCUUCAUUUAGCGACCACAAUUGGAACCAACAACUUGUUAAGUCAAGUGAUCACCGAGUGAAACCAUUACGAUCUUACUUCAGCUUUCUUUUUCUGCAUAGAUCUAUGAAUGCAUGGAUUGGUCAUAAAGUUGUAAAUGCAUGGAUUUUUCAUUACUGUCAUAACUGUUGAUGGUUACUAAAUGGGGCAGUUGCUAAAUGAGGACUACCUAUAACGCCAACAUACUUUGUGGAUGCCAGAUUGCAAAGGCUGAAAAACUAUGGAUUUGUCAACAAAAAUGGGUGCUUGUCCCGUGGUCUAAGAGCUGUCUCUAAAAGCCAUGGGGUCCCAAGACACUCACCAAACCUCUCCCCAACCUGUAAGUUUUAGUUUAUUGGAAAUGAAAAAUCAUUAAGUACAUUGGCACUAAUUGUACUGACUAUAUUUAAUGUAAGUUAAAUUCAUACUCAAGUAAAUAUACAUUUUGGCCAUUUAUUUUCCUAUUGUACACUUUGAAGUGUUAUUCAAAGUUUUAGAUGUGACUCUUUGACUAGAAAACAAAACAUGCUCCUUGUCCUAGAAAGAUUCAUAGUCAAUAUUAUAUAAGCCCAGGAUAUUUAUUUACAGUGAUUUAUCUAAGAAAUUUUGUUUAUUAAGAAGGAGGGUAUUGAAGCACAAUAGAUAGUUAAAUAUUAACCUUAAUGCCUUUGAAUUAUAAAUUCUAAUUUUGAUACUUAUGUAUUGCUUUCCAUAUGUUGUUACCCAUUCUAGACAGUUGAAGCUGCCUGAAUGAUACAUAACUUAAAAUAUGGCUACCCUAAAUUGAAGAGAUUAAGAGGAUUUAUAAACAAACAUACAACAUGUGUUUAUCCCAGGCAAUGAUUAACCUGCUAGAAGCGGAUCUCACGUGAGAGUGUGCCACAGUUGAAUACAUGACCAUACAGGUUUGGUCUUUUGCUCUUCAUAAAACAAAAGUCAACAGAGCUUUACACUUUUUUUUAGAAAUAUAAAACAAUAAUUCCCCAGAGAAUUUAUUAAGUAUGAAAAAGAAUACACUUUUUUUUAAUGCCUGCGUUCCUCAUGAUAGCAUUUUUACCAAUUUGUUGGGUCCUUGAUUUUAUCAUUCUCGGGCUUUGUGAAUUGAGAAAGUUGUAUCUCAUUUGCUAUUCAGCGGCAAAUAAAAGGUUUAUGAAUUGCAGAGAAAUUUGACCAGAAAUCCUUCACUGGGAUUUGGUAAUUGUGAUAUUCCCUCUUAAUCUAGUCUCCCACCAACUGUGUAAAUCUAAUUAGUAGGAAAGGUCAUGUGAACAUGCCAAAAAGGACAAAAAUGGAAUCAUAAUGGUAACCAAC